UGUAUAUUUAUGUCGAGUCCUGAAGUCACGAAAGGGUUGGCUACUGUCGAAAGAAUGUUGUUUGACAGCUGCGGCUACUUGGUGUUGAAGAAAGUCUUUACCAAGGAAGAAAUUUCAGAGCUCGACAGCCUUUUCGAUAGAUAUGCAGACGAGUUUGUGGCAAGAAACGAGGGUGUUGCUACGGCCCGUAGCGACUUCUUCAAGGGAAACUCGGGACGAUCGGAUUACGGUAAAGUUUUGCAGAGAUGGACGCAAGAAUCUUCGGUGUGCGCGAGUAUCUUUGAGCAUCCUCGAUUGAACCCAGUGAUAGAGGAGAUCUGUGGAAAAGGUUUCCGACUUGACCACUUUCCGCUGGCUUUUGAGCAGAAUCCGGGUGGUGAGGGAUUCGACCUUCAUGGUGGUCGACUACUCCCAUCUGGCGACAUCAACUUCCCAGUAGCAUAUACAUCCGUUGACAACACGUCAGUCCACACCAGUCUAUUGGCGGUCUCAAUUGCCGUCAGCGAUAUGGCCCAGGGAGCUGGUGGCUUUGUAGCCCUUCCAGGAUCGCAUAAGUGUAGUUUUCCAGCUACAGAUGAUAUCCUGCAUGCCAGGCAUCCAGCUGUUAAGAGCAUGAUGGUCCAGCCAGGAAUGGAGGCUGGAGAUGUCCUCGUAUUCACUGAGGCGUUGAUGCAUGGGACUUUGCCGUGGAAAGGAACACAUACGAGGAGAACUCUGCUGUUCCGCUUUGGACCUGCAACUUGUGCUUACGCCAGAGGGUAUCUCUGUAGUCCGGCCGAAAUCGCCAAGCUGAACUUAUCCGAAACCGCUAAGGAGAUGCUACUACCACCGUAUCACUCCCGUUAUGAUCGUGCUGUUGCUUCGCAGCGGUCAGAGGAGCAGUUAGACUACGAUAGAAAAGUUUUUGGUCAGCCCUAUUAUUGAUGCUUAG